CCUCAAAUCUCCAGUAAAGUACCACAGCUGUACUGAUAUUUCAGUCCUUUCUUCCUCUCCUCCAUUAGCUCUCUGUUCCAGCCUCAUCCAUCUACUCAAGCGUCCUCAGCUCCACCACCUACAAGGGCCUAGAAAGCCCCUGGCUCCAGAAUUUGACUGAGUCGGAUGUUCAAAGCAACCUGAAGGGCCAAAUACCCCAGUUCAGAUGCUUAAGAAACAAAUCACGAGAUCCGAAAACGCUAGCUAUUCCCUACAGGUGGUGAGGAGCUAAAGCUGCGUCGCCCUCCCGCGGUGCAUACUGGGAGAUGUAGUCUCGGGCCGGCCUACUACCUCUUGGGAGUUGUAGUCCCCGAUCUGGUAAAGGGAAGAAGGACGCAACUUCCAAAUUUUGAGUUAGUCCUAAGGGAGAAAAACAAGAGGGGAACCUAAAACAUCCUGCGAAGUCCAGUUCUUUCGGCUUAUCUUGGCCUCACGAGUAGCCGAAGUGGCGGGGAGGCGGACCCCAGAAGGGAGGGGAGACGUUACGUUGACGCAGGCGUGACCCUGCCCAAUAGGAUUUGGCGGGAUUUCCGAAAGCGGCAGAUGGAGAGGGCGCUUCCGCCUGAGACCGAGGCCUGAAAAGAGCUGAGACGCGCACGUCCCAGGAACGCAAUUAGGAGCUGAAAUUCGCCUGGGUUUCGUGCAGAAGGCCGGAGCAAGGGCGUAGAGAAGUGGGGCGCAGGUGAGAGGGUCUGCAGUCCGUCCGGGGUCGGGCGUGCGCGGGUCCGGCGGACUGUAGUCGGAGCGCGCAGCCCGCCCAGGCGAGUUACGCUGCAGGCGGAGUGUCCUUCCUGAUGGCCAUCUGUACUUUUCAGUAUUGAACACUAAGUAAUGGCUAUGCAGAUGCAGCUUGAAGCAAAUGCAGAUACUUCAGUGGAAGAAGAGAGCUUUGGCCCACAACCUAUUUCUCGAUUAGAGCAAUGUGGCAUACACGCCAAUGAUGUGAAGAAAUUGGAAGAAGCUGGAUUCCAUACUGUGGAGGCUGUUGCCUAUGCACCAAAGAAGGAACUAAUAAAUAUUAAGGGGAUUAGUGAAGCCAAAGCUGAUAAAAUUCUGACUGAGGCAGCUAAAUUAGUUCCAAUGGGUUUCACCACUGCAACUGAGUUCCACCAAAGGCGGUCUGAGAUCAUACAGAUUACUACUGGCUCCAAAGAGCUUGACAAACUACUUCAAGGAGGAAUUGAGACUGGAUCCAUCACAGAGAUGUUUGGAGAAUUCCGAACUGGGAAGACCCAGAUCUGUCAUACGUUGGCUGUAACAUGCCAGCUUCCCAUUGACCAAGGUGGAGGUGAAGGAAAGGCCAUGUACAUUGACACCGAGGGUACCUUUAGACCAGAACGGCUGCUAGCAGUGGCUGAGAGAUAUGGCCUCUCUGGCAGUGAUGUCCUGGAUAAUGUAGCAUAUGCUCGAGGGUUCAACACAGACCACCAGACCCAGCUCCUUUAUCAAGCAUCAGCCAUGAUGGUAGAGUCCAGGUAUGCACUGCUAAUUGUAGACAGUGCCACCGCCCUCUACAGAACAGACUAUUCGGGUCGAGGUGAGCUUUCAGCCAGGCAGAUGCACUUGGCCAGGUUUCUGCGGAUGCUUCUGCGACUUGCUGAUGAGUUUGGUGUAGCAGUGGUAAUCACCAACCAGGUGGUAGCCCAAGUGGAUGGAGCAGCCAUGUUUGCUGCAGAUCCUAAAAAACCUAUCGGAGGAAAUAUCAUUGCUCAUGCCUCAACAACAAGACUGUACCUGAGAAAAGGAAGAGGGGAGACCAGAAUCUGCAAAAUCUAUGACUCUCCUUGUCUUCCUGAAGCUGAAGCUAUGUUUGCCAUCAAUGCAGAUGGAGUAGGAGAUGCCAAGGACUGAAUCGUUUCUUUUCCUGUGAUAAACCUUAAGUGCCGCAGCCUAAUGGAGAGUACUGCUCCCUGAGGUUCUUCACGGGCCUCUUCCUGUUGUGACUGCCCGGAAAAGGCUUCCAGGAAAACAGCUAUUAUAUCGGCUUUUCUUAUGAUGUAAACACGAGACAGGUCAGUAGUCACAAGCUGAUCUGAAAUGUUUAUUCCUUCUAGAGUAUAUUAAUCUCUAUGUGAAUUCUUUGGUUUGGGGGUGUAGGUAUGAAGUACCUUUGACAUCAUGGUGCUUUGGGGUAGACUCAGGACUAACUGCUAUUGGCCAAUCUUAUGUCUCUAAGAGAACUAACUAAAACUGGAGAGACCUGACUUCUCUCGCUGUCUGAAUAAUGUUG